CUGUGAGACAAAAUUAAAAAAAAAAGAAUCCGGCGGUUGGAAAUGUCUUUCCCGCAGUUAGGCUAUCCGCAGUAUCUAAGUGCCUCCCAGGCGGUGUACGGGAGCGACAGACCGGGAGUGCUUACGCCAUCAUCACGGGGAGGAAGCUCGGAAAUUGGUGGAAGUCCGUCAGCUACGGCGGCUGCGGCCGUCACAUCGGUCCUGGGCAUGUACGCAAACCCGUACGCGCACAACUACAGCGCGUUCCUGCCGUACACCAGCGCAGACCUGGCUCUCUUCUCACAAAUGGGGUCGCAGUAUGAGCUUAAGGACAGCCCUGGCGUGCAUCCGGCCACCUUCGCAGCACACACGUCCCCAGCCUUUUACCCAUACGGCCAGUUCCAGUAUGGAGACCCUGCCAGACCCAAGAACGCCACCCGGGAGAGCACCAGCACACUGAAAGCCUGGCUCAAUGAGCACAGGAAGAACCCAUACCCAACUAAAGGGGAGAAGAUCAUGCUGGCCAUCAUCACCAAGAUGACACUGACCCAGGUUUCCACCUGGUUUGCCAAUGCUAGGAGGAGGUUAAAGAAGGAGAACAAGGUGACCUGGGGGAACAGGAGCAAGGAGGAUGGGGAAGACGGGAACCUGUUUGGUAGUGGAGACGAGGCCGAGAAAAACGAAGACGAGGAGGAGAUCGAUUUGGAGAGCAUAGAUAUAGACAAGAUAGACGAGAACGAUGGGGAUCAAAGUAAUGAGGACGAUGACGAUAAGUCCACGGAGGGGAGCAGGGAGCACAGGGGAGGCGUUGGCGCACCUGGAGACUUGGACAGCUUGGAAAAAAGACGGGCCUUCGCCCUGCAGGCCCACGAGGCCUUUGAGAAAUCUAAGAGUGCAAUGUCAGUUCACACUGGGGGCAAGGAGAACUCGGACGGCAAUAACAACACAAGGGUUGUGUCCCCCGACAGACCUGGGAGUUUCCCCCUCCCCUCUAACAAUAAACCCAAAAUCUGGUCUCUGGCGGAGACCGCCACCAGCCCCGACAGUUCAUCCCAGAAACCUUCCUCCCCAUGUGCACCAGGGAGCAACACUUCUCACCCAUCAGCGCCUCAUCACCAGAUCCAAACCCACCCGGCCUUCCUCCCAAGUCAUGGACUGUACACAUGCCAGAUUGGAAAGUUCCACAAUUGGACAAACGGGGCCUUCCUGGGCCAGAACUCCCUGCUGAAUGUCAGAUCUUUCCUGGGAGUAAACCAACACCAUCACCACCACCCCAGCAACCAUCCUCUGUCGGCCCAGCAACAGCAGCAACAACAACAGCCUGCAUCAGUAGUAGUGUCACCGGUUGCAGCUUCAGCGCCCAGCAACGACAGCAAGUCCCCAGCAGACACCCACAGUCCCAAACACAUAGAGCACGAAAGAUCUGAUUCACCUCCAACACAGACCCUGAAGUCCUCAUUUCGUCCUAUUCUUGACAGAUCCUCAAUGCCUUCCAGCGCCAGGAGUCCCCAAGACGCCACGCAACGUGUCCUCACCGCUCUCUCCUCGGCUUGAUCCAGACAUUUUAUUUCUUUUCCCAUUCUUGAAAAAAAAAAAAAGAAAGAAA